AUGGUCUUGGCCAACCUCUCCUCCUCGCCAGAGUUCCUCCUCCUCGGCCUGAUGGACGGAACAGACGUCCACCCGCUGCUGUUCCUGCUCUUCCUCGGGGUCUAUCUGUUCAAUGCCCUGGGUAACCUGAGCAUGGUGGCGGUGGUGAGAACCGACGCGGCCCUCCGCUCCCCCAUGUACUACUUCUUGGGCCACCUGAGCCUCGUCGACGUCUGCUUCACCACGGUGACAGUGCCCCGGCUGCUCAUCGGUCUGCUCCAGUCGGGCCAGGUUGUGUCCUUCGAGGGCUGCUUCGCCCAGAUGUACUUCUUCGUGGCGCUGGGCAUCACCGAGAGCUACCUGCUGGCUGCCAUGUCCUACGACCGCGCGGUGGCCGUGUGCAGGCCCCUGCACUACGGUGCUGUCAUGACGCCCCGGCGCUGCGCGGUGCUGGUGGCCGCGUCCUGGACCCUGUCGCACCUGCACUCGCUGCUGCACACGCUGCUCAUCUCCGCACUGUCCUACCCGCCCGCGGCCGCCGUGCGCCACUUCUUCUGCGACAUGACGGUGAUGCUGAGCUUGGCCACCUCGGACACCUCGGCUGCGGAGACUGCCAUCUUCUCCGAGGGCCUGGCCGUGGUCCUGACCCCGCUGCUCCUCGUGUCCCUCUCCUACACCCACAUCCUCCUGGCGGUGCUCGGGGUGCAGUCAGCAGGAGGUCGUCGUCGCGCUUUCUCUACCUGUGGUGCCCACCUAGUGGUGGUAUCGCUCUUCUUUGGCUCGGUCCUCUCGGUCUAUUUCCGGCCAUCUUCGGCCUACUCGGCCCGCUAUGACCGCUUCGCCAGUGUGGUCUAUGCGGUGGUCACCCCGACCUUGAACCCUUUCAUCUACAGCCUUCGCAACAAAGAAGUCAAGGGCGCCCUGAAAAGGGGGCUCCGAUGGAAGGCUGUAUCUGGAGAGGCGUGA